ACAUUUCAUUUCAUCACCAGAAAGUGAAUAAAUAGCUGCUUUGGACCAGGCUGCAAAGAUCCAGUUUUCAGAUGAACCAGUCUGCCAUGAUGAUGCUUCUUUCAGGGCUUGUUGGCCUCCUGCUGGUGCUGACAGCUGAGGCCAGAGUCGGAUACUCCUCCAAGUCAGGCGUCUGUUCUGAGACAGAGCAGUGUCUUCUGUUUGAUCUGAUUUGUAAGACUGAGGAUUUCGAGGUCCGUCACUAUGAAUCUGCAAAGUGGGCUUCAACUAUUGAGACAGCCUCUUCCAUUGGCACUGCAUUUGUUAACGGAUUCAAACGAGUAGAUGAAUAUUUCAAUGGUGCCAAUGAAAAUGGAGCAAAAAUUCACAUGCCAGAACACGUUGGCAUUAGAAUCCCUAAUGAGACUACUUGGGAAACGGCUGCCUACGAUGUGAUUGUGUUGCUCCCACUUAAAUAUCAGGAAACCUCCCCCCCGACUCCGACCGAUGAUAAUAUUUACAUCGUUGACUCAGCUGAAAGUAACGUGUAUGUACGGGGCUUUGAUGGAUUGGUAACUUCCCAGUCUGAAAGGGACACAGCACAAAGUUUGGCCAGUGACCUGGACUCAGUUGGUGCAAACUACGAAAAGAGCUCCUACUUUGUUGCUACAUAUGGCAGUCCUCUGUCGCUCGCUGACAGUCGCAGUGAGGUGUUGUUUUUUGCUCUGGGUGAGCCCGUGUGUAUCUGAAGUGGAUCCAUGACAACAUCAAUGUUGCAGCUUGGAUUUUGCUUCACUAUUGCUUCAAGUCAUAAAGUGUCAUUUCAUAUAAUUACAAUGACAUCCCACAUUUAAAAUGUAUAUGAACAGAAUUCACCAUGAUGGUUUCAAGCCAGCUUCUGUGAUGGUUUUCUGUUAUGUUCAAUAAAGGCUCCUUCCUGCA